GUUAUGAACAGGCGGCGCUGUAGCUGGCGGAAGAGUAAGUCGCCCAGCCCAGUAUAUCUUCGCCUGGAAAAUAGAAGCCGAGGGGGAGACGAGAAAACGGGAGGAGAAAAUACAGUGUUGGCAGGAGGAGAAAGAGAAAGCUACGAUAAUGGCCGCUAAAUCGGAUGGGGUAUUGAAAAUGAAAAAGAGCGAUGUAGCUUUCACGCCUUUGCAGAAUUCGGACCACUCGGGCUCAGUACAAGGACUCGUUCCAGGAUCGCAGCCGGAUUCGGGAAUUGGGGAUGGGGACUUCGUGAAUGGGGAAUCUCGGUGCUGUGGUUCUAAAUCGACAUGUCUUCGCCUUGGCAGAGAGCAGCAAACUAAAUACACGAUAUGGGACUGUCUAUGGAUCCUCGCCGCAGUGGCGGUGUAUUUCGCCGAUGUAGGCACCGAUAUUUGGCUUUCUGUCGACUAUUACCUCCGACGCGAGUAUUGGUGGUUCGGACUCACACUAUUUUUUGUGGUGCUAGGGUCGUUCUCCGUCCAAGUCUUCAGUUUCCGAUGGUUCGUCCACGAUUUCAGCACGGAGGAGAGCUCAAAUGCCGCCGGUGCGGCAAACUGCUCAUCCCACAUGGACGGGAAGCUGCUGACCGGUUCUGCUUCACAUGGAGACGUGGGCGCCCAACCGUCCACACCUCAAAAACAGGCAUCCACCGCCAGCAAGAGCAACACCACAAGCAACAGUAACAGCAGCACGGCAACCCGGACUAAUAAGCAAAGGUCGGCGUCCUGUUCUGUCUUUAUCUGGUCCGCGCAAUCCGUCAUCCACAUCUUGCAGCUUGGGCAGAUUUGGAGGUAUUUCCAUGCCAUCUACCUGGGCAUCCGGAGCCGGCGCAGUGGGGACCAUGACCGCUGGAGGUUCUACUGGAGGAUGGUGUACGAGUUCGCUGACGUCAGCAUGCUGCACCUCCUGGCCACCUUCCUGGAGAGCGCUCCUCAGCUGGUCCUGCAGCUCUGCAUCAUCAUCCAGACUCACAAACUGCAGGCCGUCCAAGGAAUGACAGCGGCUGCCUCCCUUGUGUCUCUGGCCUGGGCCCUGGCAUCCUAUCAGAAAGCGCUGCGAGACUCCCGGGACGACAAGAAGCCAAUCAGCUACCUGGCUGUCAUCAUCCAGUUCUGCUGGCAUUUCUUCACCAUCGCUGCCCGGGUCAUCACCUUCGCCCUGUUUGCCUCCGUGUUCCAGCUCUACUUCGGCAUCUUCAUCGUUCUGCAUUGGUGCUUCAUGACCUUCUGGAUAGUCCACUGCGAGACCGAGUUUUGCAUCACCAAGUGGGAGGAGAUUGUCUUCGACAUGGUAGUGGGCAUCAUCUACAUCUUCAGUUGGUUUAAUGUGAAGGAGGGUCGUACUCGGUGUCGGCUCUUCAUCUACUACUUUGUGAUCCUGCUGGAGAACACUGCUCUGAGUGCCCUGUGGUACCUGUACCGCGUCCCUCAGAGCACCGAUGCCUUCGCCGUCCCCGCCCUCUGUGUCAUCUUCAGCAGUUUCCUCACCGGCAUCGUCUUCAUGCUCAUGUACUACGCCUUCUUUCACCCCAACGGGCCCCGCUUCGGACACUCGCCUAGCCUCGUGCUGGACGACCCCACCGCUGCCUUCAUGCUGCCCACCGAGGGGGCCACCAACUCACUGAGGUCCAAUCGGGGUGUGCCCCUCAUCUCGGGGGAUGGCACCAUUGGCAGAGACGCCAAAUACACUGAGAGGGACGGCUGUAUGCCCGUGUUUCAGGUGAGACCCACCGCCCCCUCCACGCCAUCCUCCCGUGCCCCACGCAUUGAGGAGACAGUCAUCAAAAUAGACCUGUGUCGGAAUCGCUAUCCGGCCUGGGAGAGGCACGUACUGGACAGGAGUAUACGCAAGGCCAUCCUGGCCAUCGACUGUUCCCCCACGCCACCCAGACUCCAGUACAAAGAUGACACUACUGUUCAGGAGCGUCUAGAGUACGAGACCACGUUGUAGCCCUGCACCGCUGCCUGGAUGAAGGAUCCAUGGAAAUGCUCAACUGUAAUAAAGGAUUACCAUCAACUUGGAUUUACAGCAGGACUGUGGCAAUAAUACGUCAUGAACUCUCUCUAUAUACAUACUAGCAUUGAACCAUGGUGUUGGUUGUCAUGGUUACAACUUCAGAAUAGAGAAAGUUGCACACUCCAUGUAUAAUCUCCCAGCAAUU